AUGGAGAAAGAAGCAGCUCGUUCAGCAACCGCCACUUCUUCUAGCUCCUCCUCUGCCUCUGAACAUAUCAUUGAUGGAGGGUUCGAGGACUCCAGCGUUAUCGUCAAUGGAGGGUUCGAUUCCAGCAAAGUUGUUGUUGUUGGGAACGAAAGCAGCAGCAUUUGCUCGACUCCAAAGGGGCAGAGGUUUAGGAUACCGAAGAUCGAUUCCUGCCCGCCGGCGCCAAGAAAGAAACAGAAACGGUCCAAUUGUUCUUCGUUGCAGAGAAGGCCCGUAGCGUUCUUCGCCCCGCCUGAUCUCGAGCUCUUCUUCUUGUUCGCCCGCCGACACAUCUCAGUUUGA